GAGGAGGGGCCGCAGCCAAAGUGGAUGCGUAAGGGCAAAAAGGCGUCCAAGGACCAGCCGCGCGACAUGGAGCGGCCCAAACGCCGGCCACGAAAGGAGGACCAGCCCAUGUCGUACCGCCAGCAGCAGCAGAUGCUGUACCAGCAGCAGCAACAGCAGAUGCAGAUGCAGCAGCAGCAGCAGCAGAUGCAGCAGCAGGGCGGCGGCGGCGGCGGCGGCAAGAACCCGCUCCGGCUGCGGCUGGACCUGAACCUCGAGAUCGAGAUUGAGCUCAAAGCGCACAUUCAUGGCGAUUUGACGCUGGCAUUGCUGUACGUGAACACUUUUUUUAUAUCUGGCAUUUUUUCUGCCCCCUUUCCCUUGCCCCUCUCCACCUCCUCCCCUACCCCCCCGUCCCUCACCUUCAAACUUCCAUUUCCUCUCCCAUCCAUCCAUCCAUUCCUUCCUCCCUCCCUUCAAGCGUUGCUGCACUGCAAGCGUUGCUGGCUUUUUUUUCUGCCUGUCACUCCUGCCAUUGCCACAUCGCGAGAAGAAAAAGAAGAAAAGAAUGCAUGCGUGAGAUAG